CGCACGGUCUGGGUAUUCGAGGAUUGGCACGUGUCUCACUAUGGAUGAAGAUGACGGUUCUUGGCGACCGGGGCCUAGAGGUAGAGGAAGAGGAGUGUUAGCUCUGAUGUCAAGAGCUCCAGCCCGUCGACCAAACGCAUUUUCUACGUCUGAGACCGCACAAACAGAAGAAACAAAUUCUGGCAAGAAAAUGAUGGCCAAAUAUUCAUACAACGCUAAUUCGGACACUCCAUUGGGAGACAAGGAACUGAGCAUGAAACAAAAAGAUGAAGUCUUCUACUUGAGGAAACAUCCAUCUCAAGACAUGUGGGCUCUAGUGAGAAACAGUGAUGGAGAGGAAGGCUAUGUGCCUUUUUCAUAUUUGUAUGACAUGGGUGCACCACUGACUAGUCUCUCCUGGCUUGAAAGUAAUAAGCAGAACACAAAAACAGAGACUCCCCCAGUGAAAUCGAUGGACAACUCUAAGCCCAAGUCGUACGUGUCCGCAUACAACAGAGAGCAGAACAACUCUGGUGGUGACCAGUAUCGCUGUGAGGUAUGCUGCAAGAGCUUUAAUGGGCCAAUGCCAUAUCAAGCACACAUGACCAGUAAAGCUCAUAAGGAGGAAGUAGAAGCACAAGCCGAAUAUUCUUAGUUCUACGCACUGUAUUUCAGAGUUCUAUUCUUAGACAGAGUUGUGUUGCCGUUACAAAACGAAACUAAGCAAAGAUUUGGGUUAAUUUACCUUUACGUUAAUUAAUACAUAGAGACACCAGAUUAUCGUGUUUCACACGUUGACUGAGAAAAGAAUUUCACUUGUUGGCUUUCAAUCUGAGUAGGCUGUUUGCCUUGUUUUUCUAAUUUAAAAUCAAACUUGAUGUUGCAAAUACAUGUACAUGUGUACUGUGUGUACUAC